AUGUGGAUUGUCAACUGGUUCUACGACGUUCUGUCCUCUCUCGGACUAUGGAACAAGAACGCCAAGCUGCUCUUCCUCGGUCUCGAUAACGCCGGAAAGACCACCCUGCUGCACAUGCUCAAGAACGACCGAAUGGCCGUCUCUAACCCCACCGUGCACCCCACCUCCGAGGAGUUGUCCAUCGGCAACUGUAAAUUCACAACCUUUGAUCUCGGUGGACAUAUCCAGGCCCGACGAGUGUGGAAGGACUACUUUCCCGAGGUCAACGGCAUUGUUUUCCUCGUCGAUGCCGCCGACCCUACUCGAUUCGCCGAGUCCAAGGCCGAGCUCGACUCUCUGCUUGCCAUUGAGCAGCUCAAGACUGUGCCCUUCUUGAUUCUUGGAAACAAGAUCGACAUGCCCCAGGCCGUUUCCGAGCUCGAGCUCAAGGACGCCCUUGGACUGUACCAGACCACCGGUAAGGGCAAGGUGCCUCUUGAAGGCAACAUCCGACCCAUCGAGAUUUUCAUGUGCUCCAUUGUCAUGCGGCAGGGCUACGGAGACGGUAUUCGAUGGCUGUCUCAGUAUGUUUAG